CUUGACUGUUCAGUGUUUGCCAUUGCCACGCCAGGCCUACUGUUUGCCAACCAUCCUCUACCAACACGGUCGACUACCAGGACUUGAUCGUUGGGCGCCUUUCGCUUAGUCAACCGUUUCCUUCACUUCGCCCUGACCCUUCGUCACGAGUACCUCCUUAAGUGCGUUUUACGGAUAGGCCUUGUUCAUGCAGCACCAUUGGCUCUCGAUUUCUGGAUGACAGCGUCACGAACGACUCGGGUCCUGUCAUCAACUACUGUCACGAUAAGAGAUUGGACAAAUGGAGUGACAACAUACGCGAGAGGAUAACACGCAAGACGCAGUCAAUAGUGAACAUACUGGGUCCAUGAAUCUACCCCAAACCUAGCGAGGUCGCAGACACUCAGUUGGACUAGCGAGUGUCUGCCACCGCGAUGAAGUCGUCAAAGUCCUCACACCCCGGAGUGCCUGCGCGAGGUCGCUCCUCGCGCUCGGUAGAAAGUCAUGGGUCGUCGAGUUCUCCGACAAGGUCUACUACCGGAGGACAAGAGACAAUGAGCGAGAACAGAAAUGCACAGACCGCGACAGCUGGUACCUCACCCUUUGUACACCAUCAGGUAACUCAGGCUCUGGCACGCGAACCGUCUGGCGGUCUUGAGGCUAUGCGACGUAGGAUGAGUCUAGCUCUGGCUCAGAAACAGCAGAUGCGCGCUGCUGCUACUGCUACUGCGGACACCUCUCCCGAUGCCGCAAAACAGCGCGAAGCACCCGAAGCACCACCGCCUCUUUUACACACCGAAUCAAGCUCCGAUGAGUCCGUCAAUACUGGCACACUCUCAACCGACUCGGCCAAAACCGUCAGAGCAGUCUUCGAUGCCACACCCGGUGCUAUUAGGACGCCUUCGUAUCCCUUUCCCCGUAUGGCUUUCAGACUCAACCGUGGUAUUAGCCAACGCUCCGGCCCGUCGCACAAACCUUUCACUCUACUCUCCCCAACCAACGAGCACCCGUCAAACGCAGACGUCGUACCACCACCCCCGCAACCUCAGCGUCAUCCCUCGUCUUCCGAUUUGAGCACGCCUCUGGGUCAGACACCAAUGAGUGCUGGAUUCCCUGAAGAUCCCAACUUUCCGGUGCCCGAUCUAUUCGAAUCGAUAUUAUACCUGAAUUCUGAGCCAGGUUUGGAUAUGUGGUGGGCCAAUGCUACUGAAAUCCUGACCGAAUACGGUGCUGAGAGAGCUUCUCUGGCAAUUCCUGGGGACAUUACCGAUCUUGAAAAUGUACCGUGGGGCCAGAAAGCCACAUUUAAUAUAUAUGGCAGUGACGGAGUGCCUCCCUCACAGUUGGACUCGUUGUUCGCUUCGGAAAAUGACAACACCUCGAUUGGCAGACGGCCAGAGCCCUCGAGCAGAAUACCUAGCGACGUAUCCACCUUGACUCCCCACCGACCUCCGCUUGUGUCAAGGCAUUCAAUUGCAGGUCCAAUGCCAGACCCUAGCGGCCGAGGCUCGCGUCAAAGACCAGCUGGACCGGUCCGGGCUUAUAGCACCGCACCCAAAGAGCAAGAUGAGCAGGCUUCGCCAUUGAUUUCAUCGGUACUGCCCAGGUUGACCAAGCAGCCUGCUACUCCUCGGGCCUCGUCUACCGCCGAAGAUGCUUUGGCAUUCAAAAUGCCAUACAAUCCUUCAGCUUCGACAUCCUCCACUUUGAGGUGUCAUGUCCAUCGUUCAAUUCAGCCACUGGAGGCGGAGCCGGAUCCUUUGCUUAUCCGGACUGGUGUGACAUCUUUGUUCGGUAAGAGAAAACCUGUCAUUCUUACAAGAGCGUAUUCAGAAGAUGCUCCACGACCGACGUCACUGCAAAAUGGACGGGAAGAUGAACGUGGCCCUGCUCAGACGCCAUCAGCUACGGCUGCAGAGAAACAAAAGUCCCACAAGGUGGAAGAGCCAACGUAUUCCACAAUCCGAGCUUUUGACGAGUACGAGCAGCCAGAGCCUUCACCUUGGUCCCAAAGCCCUUCGCCCUCGCCUGCUGCACGACCUGAUCCAGAAGAAUCACCAUUCUUCGUUCAACCGACUGCGUCUAUAGAUGAGAUGGCUUUCGAACAGAACCCUCCGCCAUACGACUAUGCAACCACGGCAAAUCAGUCCCUAAAUGCCAUAGGCGCAGAUAUGUCUAAGACUCUGGUCCACAUACCGUUGAUCCAGCCUCAUCUAGCACGAGGUACAUUGGCGUCCAACCUGCGCUUUCCGAUUGCCAUCCUAUCUUUCCUUUCGCCUAUAAACCCGUUUCCACUCAGCUGGCGCAGGUCUUUGGAGACCUUAUUGCCCCAUUUUGCGAGCUCCUUUUCUCUUGCACAGCAAUACAGCGCACUUCAAGAUCGCCUGAGAGGCAGCCCUGGAAGCCGGCAUGAAGCCGCGUUCGGACUCGGUGGCACGUUCUCAGAUGAGGGAUCGGAACUGGAAUUGGUGGCAGAGCUCAGUGAACAAGUCGCGCAGGACAAAGACAAACCUAGAGGAUGGAAUGAAGGCGUCAGUCCUGGAGCGUUUAAGGAAAGCCCGACUAGUUCUGUCUCGAGUACUCCUCAAAUGGAUCAUUAUGGGUUAAGCCCAGGUCUGCCACCCACUCCAGGAAGAUCGGGUUCGGACAUGGUCGACAGCUAUUUCUCUUCGCGUAGGCAGCGUGGGAAAGAGCACCCUCUGACUCCAGGUCCUCGCGCCAGCAGGGACGAAGGUGAGCCGGCCAAACGAUCUGCCGAGAAGUCUGCUUCUAGUUCAAAGACGACGUCAAAGAAGCCAGCUGCAAGCAAGACCCAAUUUGAAGCACAGGCACAAAGUCCCAUUGCACUACGGUCAGGAAGCAAUGCUUCCGCAAGCGAGAUCAGCGAUCAACUCUAUGAACGGCUUGAACCUUCUUCUCGGCGUCAGACAAUGCGACGUGAAAGUCAGUCAAAGGACGAGGAAAAGCCAUUACCGGAGCUGAUUUCGUCGCUGAUGCUAAAUGCCGUGCCUCUUCAGCUGUUUCUUGCCAAGCCCACCACUGGUGACUUGGUGUGGACAAACCGCAAGUUUGAUGCUUUCAGGAGUCAAGGAGAAGGUCGAGUCCGUGAUCCUUGGAAAAAUGUACAUGCGGCGGACAGGAAUGGUUUGGUGAAGCUGUGGAACGACGCGCUACGAACUGGAAGCCAAUUCACGCAUUAUAUCCGAGUAAAGCGAUUCAACAGCGACAGUGAUUUUCGAUGGUUCGUUUUCCGAGCUAGUACGUUACUGAGCAACAAUGGCCGGCUACUAUACUGGAUUGGUUCGUUUCUUGACGUGCAUGAGCAAUACAUCAAAAACUUGGAAGCGAGCGAAAAAGAAGCGAUCAUGGCUCGAGAAACCAAAAUCCGAGCUUUGGCGGAUGCGAUUCCACAGAUCCUGUUUGAAGCUAUUGAGGGUGAAGGUAUCGUGGCUGUCAACCAGCAGUGGCACUCGUACUCUGGCCAGACCCUGGAGGAGGCCAGAGGGCUGGGAUUUGCGAAGCACGUGUAUCGUGAAGAUCUUCACAAAUGUGGGAUACUGUCCCCUAUGGACGUUGCCGCCAUUGCACGAUACUCUGCGGCCAGUAGCCGCACCGACUCGUCCAGCGACUCGAAUAGGACGGCCGGUCCCCCCCUUCCCACGCAGAAGAACCUUUUUUCUCCUGAUCUGUCGUCACUCGAUCGAAUGAUCAAGCUAGGGUCGGUCAUGGUCGAGAAGGAUGAAAACGGACGGCUGUCCUACCUAACUGAAAUACGCUUGAGGUCCAAAGGUGGCGAAUACAGAUGGUUCCUGGUGCGGUUGGUACGAGUCGAUACAGGAUUGUGGCAGAGUCAAAGUGGCAAAGCAUCGUGGUAUGGCACAUGCACCGAUAUUGAGACGCGAAAAGCCCUCGAACGCAAAUUGAACGAGGCCAACGAGAAGGUGCAUUCAGAAAUGGAGUCUAAGACCAAGUUCUUUGCCAACAUGUCUCACGAAAUUCGAACACCAUUGAACGGUAUCAUCGGAAGUAUGCCUUGGCUAGUGGAUUCAUCUCUAGAUCACGAUCAGAGACGAACGGUUGACACCAUUCAGAACAGCGCCAACAACCUAAGGGAGCUCGUCGACAACAUUCUUGACGUUACCAAGGUCGAGGCGGGCAAAAUGACACUAUUUCCAAAAUGGUUCCAUGUGCGCAGCUUGUGCGAAGAAGUGGUGGAUACCGUGUCUUCCAGGGCCAUCGAGCGUGGCUUGGAGCUCAACUAUUCUCUCGAAGCCAACGUUCCGGCUAUGGUCAAGGGCGAUGCGUUCAGGGUGCGACAAGUCCUGCUUAAUCUUCUCGGAAACUCAGUGAAAUUUACCGAGCAAGGUGAAGUUUACAUGAGAUGUUCUCUCCGCGAUGCACCUCCCAAAAGUCCAAAGGAGGAUGCUACCAGGACAAUCUUGCUGAAUUUUGACGUCGUCGACACGGGACGCGGAUUCAAUGAGAAUGAAUUUCAACGACUCUUCAAGCAAUUCGGUCAAAUUGGAGGCGGCAACAAUCACGAAGCAGGCUCGGGAUUGGGAUUGUUCCUUUCUAAACAGCUGGUGGAGAUGCAUGGUGGAGAGCUUUCAGUACAGAGUAAAGCGGGCGAAGGUUCGACCUUCAGCUUUCACGUCAGGGUCGAAAUUGAGCCGCCAGGUGCUGAGACCAUCACCUCGCCUCCAGCGUCGAUCAGGUCUGGCCAAAGAAAUAUGUCAGUGCUUGGCGCGAGUCCCCGAUCCCGCUCAGACAGCAAGACACCUACCAUGGCUUCUAUCAGACUCCCAUCGGAAGGAAUUAUUCAGACGCCAGGUCUCUCACGAUACGUCACUUCUCCCGAGCAUGCCUCCCCAGCGCUACCGUCGCCAGCCAUGUCUUCUCCGCCCGUUGCCUCGCCGCCUGUUGUUCCAUCUGAAAGCUCUGGGGUAUCAGCAUCGGUCACGACAAACUCGGGCCCAAUGGUGAAUGCUUCUACCAUAACUUCUUUGCUGCCCACGCCUGAAUCGGCACAUUCCCGUGACUCUGUAUCGCGCUCGAAUGAGCAGCAAACCGUCACCGAGAAGACAAUAACUGCUCAUCCUAUUUUUCGACGGAGUAAAAGCGAUAAAGACGCAAGCGGACUUGCACCGGACCUUGCGCACCCACAGACAUAUUCGAUCAUCAUCAUCUGCCCGUCAGAACAUGCCCGGACGGCCAUCAAGCAACACAUUGAGCACGUGGUACCGCAUCAGAUUGCGGCCAAUGUGACCACCAUCCCAGACAUCGGGGCUUUCCUGGACCUCAUGAAUGGCCCUUCGCCGCCGACUUUCACGCACAUCGUUUUGGAUAUUCCUGCGACGUCCGAUAUCAUGCUAUUCAUGAGACAGAUGGCUACAUACACCGCAGCCGUGAUCCCUGCGCUGGUGGUCAUAACCGACCAUUAUCAGAAGAGAGAUAUCUUGGAGGAUUUUACCGCGCUAACGGCCACGGGACGCAAAGCCUACCUCAUCCACAAGCCAGUGAAGCCUUCGGUUUUCGCGAUGAUCUUCGAUCCUGCCCAAUUAAGGAACUUGAGCAAGGAUCGAGCACGCGAGGUUGCACAAUCGAGCUCGGAUGAUUUCCAGCAUAUAGUGAAGCUGGUUAAGGAGAGGAUUGGUGGCCGAGAUAAUCGUGUCCUGCUUGUGGAAGAUAGCGACGUGAACCGAAUGGUGAUCCAACGUUACUUCUUGAAGACGGCACUAGCCAACGACUGCGCCAAAAAUGGCCAAGAAUGCGUCGACAUGAUCAAGGGCAAAGGCCGCGGAUAUUACUCUCUGAUCAUCUGUGACAUUCAAAUGCCAAUCAAGAACGGGUAUGAGGCGUGCAAGGAGAUCCGAGAAUGGGAGAAGAUGCACGGGUACACCCCGUCUCCAAUCAUGGCUUUGACAGCCAACGCCAUGCCUGAAGAACGAGCGGCAGCCGCAAAUGCUGGUUUCACCGACUAUCUCACGAAGCCGGUGGAUUUCAAUGUGCUGGGAACCAUGAUGAUGAUGCUACUAGACCCAAGCGUGCCACACGUGUUCUUACGUGAUAGGCCUCUCGACGGCUGAAGAGCAAAAGAUUGACACGGGGCCAGUUGGCUUCGCCACAAAUGGCGGAUGACAAGAUAUGCAGCAGAUCUGCGUCGAGCGCUUUUAGCGGGGUGGCAUGAUUGAGUCAUGGGGGACGCUGUUGUGUUGUCAAGUUCGAUGCUGCUUUUGCAUUGCAUUGUUGUCAUGGGUAGGUAGGAUGGAAGGGUGGUUUGGCUUUUGAUAGUCUUCCGGGAAGGUCGGCGCAUGAACACCAGGAGCUCCGGGCUGAAAUGUGAUAAUGUAUUGGGAUCAUGGUAGGGGUGCAAAGUACGGGUACAGUGUUUUUGACCUGGAUUCUCUAUGAAAAGGACAAAGGGGUGAUAAACAUCACUUGAUGAGCAACGACUUACAAUGACACUGGCAUGGGCGCAAAGAUGAAGAUUGUGUGAGAGUGGCCCUGGGCGAAGGGAAAAUUGCAAUGUAUCUAUUGCUGUCGAGAUAGACGCACAACUGACCUCCGUACGUAAUGUAUGAAUGAUCAGGAAAGCCUCACCCGCCAUCAU